AUAUCCCCUCAUAUCCCCCCUCUACCCUUCAGGGUACGGCUGAGCAAGCGCCGUGCGAGGGCAGGGGUUCAAUCAGGCACCAACGCGGUGCUGGUGGUGAAGCACCGUGAUAUGAACGAGAAGGAAUUAGAGGCACAAGAGGCACGGAGAGCACAGCUGGAGAACCAUGAGCCUGAGGAAGAGGAGGAGGAAGAAAUGGAGGCUGAGAAGGAGGCACAGGGUUCAGAUGAAGACAGGGAGAAGGGCAGCGAGAGCGAAGGGGCAGCGAGCGGUGAGGAAGAAGAAGAGGCCGAAGGCUCCGGUGGCAGCAGCAGUGAGCAGGGAGGUUCAGCCCGUAGCGAUGAUGAUGGUGAAGAUGAAGAGGAAGAAGAGGCCAGAGGGGCUCGUAGGGGCGGCAGCGACGCGGCCAGAGCAGCUCGAGAUCAAGAAGAAAUCUUUGGGAGCGACGACGAUGAGGAUGAAGAGGAAGAUGAGGAGGAGGAUGAGUCGGAAGGGGGGGGGAGUGAGGGGGGGCCGCCCCGCAGCCCCCGGCUGAGCCCCAGUGAAGCUUCAGAUGAUGAGAGUCCAAGUGAAGCCUCGGACUCCUCCAGCGACUGAUCAUGGGGGGGGGUCUGCACCUCAAACCCCCCCAUGAAGCCCCCCAUGGAGCCACAUACACCCCCAUGAAGCCCCAGUGAAAGCCCCAUAAUACCCCCCCCAUCGGAGCCC